UGUCACUGCUGGGUACUGGGUUGCUGUCCCUGUGACCAUCUCAGGGGGUCGCCCUCUCGUAUUUGUCAUGGGGGGGUCAUGGUCUUCAGCGUUCGUCUCCGCAAUGAUGGUGUCCUCAUCGGAGUCCUUUCUUCUCUACAGCUCAACCGCUGGCACACGUUCAACCACGGCGGCAGCGCCCAAAGCAGGUGCAACAGCAGUCGCCCACACGGCACAUCCACCAGCACCAGCCCCAAAGCCUGUCCCUGGUGGGGACCUGCUCUCCCUCAACUUCGAUGAAUUGUCACAGAUAUUGGGUGGCUCUGGGCGUGCCAAGAUGGUUUGGUCGGCUUUGAGUGCUGGGGUUGAUCCUUUCGGAGAUGCGGCGGAAUUUCUUACGGAUAAGACGGCAGCAGUGCUCAAGGACACCGUCGAACGUCUACCGUGGCAGGUGGUGCGGGAGUCUGUUUCGUCCUGCGGCACUAGGAAGCUACUGGUUCAGCUAGAAGAUGGGUUGGAGGUUGAGACGGUGGUCAUCCCGGACCUCAGCGGUUCAAGGUCAACGGUGUGCGUUUCGAGCCAAAUAGGUUGUGCGAAGAACUGUCAGUUCUGCAUGACCGGCAAGAUGGGCUUGGUGAGGAAUCUCACCGCAGGAGAAAUCCUGGGCCAAGUGUUCUUCGCCCGGGAGACAGUGAGGGAGCAUGGGAUGCCACCCCUAACCAACGCGGUGUACAUGGGCAUGGGAGAGCCGCUGGACAACCCAGGGGCGGUCACGCAGUCGCUGCAAGUGCUUACGCACCCAUUCGCGUUUGCGAUGGCCAAGAGCAAGAUCUCUGUGUCUACAGUGGGCCCUUCGCCUGCCGCCAUCCGCAGGAUGAAGGGCAUGCCGAGUCGUUUGGCUUGGUCUGUCCAUGCCGCUACUGACGAUGUCCGGCGACUGCUCGUGCCCACGACCGUGCAUACCAUGGCUGAAUUGAGGGAUGCCUUCGGCGAGGUAUUGCAGUCGAGAAGAAGAGAACACCUUUUCGUCGAGGUGGUGCUCAUCAAAGGGAUGAACGACAGCCCAGAGCUGGCCCGGGCUCUCGCCUCACUGUUGAGACCACUGCCCAUUCGGGCGGGGAUCAACUUGCUCCCUUACAACGAUACGGGGCAUCCCUUCUUUCGGGCGUCGCCAAAGGAAUCUGUCGAGGAGUUCCAGAGGGUCUUGACACAAGAGGGCUUCGUGGCAACCAUUCGGACGGCAAGGGGGGACGAGGAGAGUUCGGCGUGUGGUCAGCUGGCAACGACCGCCAAUAGCGAGCGUGUGCUCAAGCAGCGACAUCGUAGAAGUACCGAUGACGACAAGGCGGCGGCGCAUCCACCAUGACGAGAAUACUCGGCGAAAAUGACAGAGAAAGCAACACCUGUAAAGCAUGGUAAAGAUGAAGAGUUCAUUGCUAUUGGCGGCUCUUGACUCUGGGGCGGUUGCUUGGGAAUGCUUGGGAGUUCAUGCCCGGGUUCUUUGUUUGUGCCGCCUGCUUUCCGGCUGGAACAAACAAGGAUCAAUCAGGAGACAACGAGGUCCGGUCUACCGACUUACUCCUCGCCCAUCACCGCAUCCAAACAAAUGCAUGUAUUUCGAAAUGGCCAUCCUCACGCAAGCUCACCUGUGUCUCUGGAGGGCAACAUGGUGGCUACCUCUGGGAGAACGCACUGCAGGAGCCCCUCCCUUGUUGAUUUAUUCAUUUAUUCCAUCACUCGGUAGAUCGGAAUGAAUGUUCGAGUUCGAGUCAGCCCGGAAUGAGAACUUCUGAGUAGGGAGCCUUUCUGUGUGGCAAGGGGUACUACUACACCUCGUCUGACUGGCUGGCUGGUAUAAUUUGCAAGCGCCCAAUGUGACUGUUUAGCUUCUUCGUGGUUGACAUUAUCCAUAGCAGAAGAAACCGUGGAAGAUCCCACCCAUUUCCCGAACUCUGCCAAGGGACCAUGCUCACCCCGCUGCGUCACACACUGCAGAAACAAAGGGCAAACACAAAAAAACAUAAAACACACAAAAAAAGCGGGAGGGGCGCUUGGUGCUACUACUACACUACUGUAUACUGAUGCCCUCGUUGCACGAGCGUCCUGUUGAGUGACUCUUCAACAAGAGACCAAUAAAUUUGCAUCAACUGGCCGCAGGUCUCAUACGCCAAUGGACCCCGCACACGCUAUAGAACGCUCAUACACGUUACAAGUACUUGCACGCUCUUUAUGUCCUCCCUCAGAGUUGAAAUUUAUUCUUGGAUGCUCUCAUCGUCAUGUUUAUCUAGGUUCUACGACUAUUCUUUGCAUCUGAGCGGAAAAUCGAACACGGUCUCAUAGACCCUGUGCAAGAAAACCCACUCUGCCGCCAAAUAGCCCCGUCACCAUCACAUGCACCAAUGCUCAUCUUUGGGAAGAACGCGUGCCCAGUACGGCAAGAAGAAGACGAGCUGAACUGUCUAAAUACCACGCGCGAGAGUGAGACAGACGAGUGUGGGGGAACUUGACAAAAGCAAAGCAAAGAGCUCUGUUCUGCUUGAAAACUACGAUCCUUCACUGGGAGGGAUAUACUCCUACCCUCAGUAAUCACUGGUGUCGACAGGAGAGCUGCAGUGCUGGCCCUUGACGAGCCUAACCCCGGUCCGGUCUCUCUCUGUUGCCGAAAGGGGCGGCGCGGUUGGAGGCCCCGUGCAUAUACCGGAUGAACAUUAUAUGCCCACCCACCUUACCGCGGGGGCUUGAACAUGUCGAGUGCUCGCUACACAAGCGAGAGACGAGAGAUGGGACACGAAAUCACGAACUGUAACUCGCGCCUGUAUGGAACGCAAGGUCGCCGUUCACCGUUGGGCAACGCUUGCCUAUGUAAUCCUGCUGUUGUGUAACUCUCCCGCUCUGUCGAUGGCCUUCUGCGUGCAUCACUCUCGCUACCUUCGCUCCGCGAGCUACGCUCGAAGCUUCGAGUCUGCUCGACUAGCCGCCGCGACUUCCACCCUGCCACGACGAAAAGGCAUCCGCCGUGGCAGGGCGACGAGCAUGCUACACUCCGACGCAUGCGGAGGAUCUACCUCUGCUUCUUCUUCUCGAGUGCAGCUUUCGCAGUUGCCUACCGCAAUGGACAGAAUUCUACCUUUCGGGCGCUGCGUCGGGGUGGCGUUGCCUCCGGCCUUGACCGAUGAUGUCAUGACAGCGGCAGGAAAAGAGCUCUUGCCCAAGGAGAUGGCGUACUGCCUGGGGCUGCCAAGAGCACUGCAGUUGGGUUUUCUCGGCGGGCGGCUUGCUAUCCGUCGCGCGUUAAAGGGCAUGAAGGACGUUACAGCAGCCGCGUCCUUACAAGCAAUCCUUCACAACCAAGAUGGUGCCCCGGUGCUGCCAGAAGGAGUCUCCGCGUCCAUAAGCCACAAGCAGCAUUUGGCUGUUGCUCUCGUGCAGUCCGGGUGCGAGGGGCACUUGGGUGUCGAUAUCGAGCUUCCAGCCGUGCAGAGGCGUUUGGACCUGCGCCGACGAGUGCUGACGCCGAGGGAGUGCGAUAGCCUUGGUGGCGUUGAUGGGAUGAGCGACCAGGAGGAGGUGCUGCUAAGGUUUUCGAUGAAGGAGGCUGUGUACAAAGCGGCGCAUCCGUUUCUACAACGCCCGCUGGGAUUCAAGGAUGUUGAGGUGCAGCCUGUGCGAGGGGGAGGGUGCGAGGUGCGUACGACUACGAGAGGGGCAUGGGGAGGCCUUCGACUGUCCGCGGGAUGGAUGUUCUUUACCGACGUGCUUGGUCAGCCCUUGUUUUUGUCGUAUUGCAAGGCGGUUGACGGUGGUGUGUUCAGUAGCAGCAGCAGAAGAAGAAGCACAAGUGUAAGCAGAAGCGGUGGGCUGGCGAGUUAGCAGAUCGCCCCGUACAUUUCCUGCCUGCAUUGUGGCAAGCAAGUUCACCACACGGGGUUUUCUCCUGUGGCUGGGCGUGUACGAUACAUGUACACAUGCAUACUCGCCCCAAGAUUUACGAAGUUUCAAUCAAGGAUCUACUCAGGAGAGGGGGUCUACGUUGUCUACGCAUGUGCGCGCGUGGUGUAGUCGACGUCCACCAUGCCUCCCUGGAUUGCUGGAGUAGCACGUGCCGACUGUGGCGGUAGCACAUGGGGGGAAUGGGAGACAUGAACAUUUGUGUUAGGACAUCGAGGACAACCUUCUCAGGACCGUUUAUUUGUUUGAUUCCGCACUUGCGGAAUAGUCAGCAAGACGAGCGGCGCGGUGGAGGAGUGUAUCUUGAGCAAGUGCUGUCGGCGGAUAUAUUGUUAUUCCUCUCGCCGAUCAUUUUCCGUCGCUCGCAGUGCUUGGUUACCCCAGUAUAUCGCGUAGCCUCUCUAAUUGAACAGCCUUGAUCCGGUAUCUGGCUCCUCCCGGGAGCAUGCCGUGGCUGGCGUUUCGCGAUUGGGGCUCAGCAGUCCUUCCCUCAAAGAGAUUCG